CUCUCUCUCUCUCUCUCUCUCUCUCUCUCUCUCUCUCUCUCUCUCUCUCACACAAACUCUUAGUAUAUUUAUCCUUGGAAUAUUUCCACUUUUGAAGAAUAUAUCUCAUCCGGGUAUCCUUCCAAUCUCGUUUUCAUUUGUUUUUCACCUAAAAACGUAUUUGAACGUGUUCUAGUGUCUGUACUUCUUCGUCUUCUUCUUCAUCAUCAUCUGUCCAGAACCAUCAGAUCUCAAUAUAGUAUUAGUAGUAGUAAAAGAAGACGAAGCAGAAACUAACGAGGAUUGAGUUCUAGCAUUUUCUUUUCUUACGUGUGGUGAUCAAAAUCAGGAUUUCAUGCCGCUGUUCUUGAUCGAUUAGCCAAUAAAUAAAGCCCCGUUGUGUAGUAAGAGAAAUGAAUAUCAGCAGCUCUGAUCUCAUUGAUGCAAAGCUGGAAGAGCAUCAAUUUUGUGGAUCCAAACAGUGUCCUGGUUGUGGCCAUAAACUUGAAGGAAAACCGGAUUGGGUAGGUUUACCAGCAGGAGUGAAAUUUGAUCCAACUGAUCAAGAGCUGAUAGAACAUCUUGAAGCAAAAGUGGAAGCUAAAAACUCAAAUAAAUCUCACCCUUUGAUAGAUGAGUUCAUCCCUACUAUCGAAGGAGAAGAUGGAAUUUGUUAUACUCAUCCCGAAAAACUCCCUGGAGUUACAAGAGAUGGAUUGAGUAGACAUUUCUUUCAUCGGCCUUCCAAAGCCUACACCACGGGUACACGAAAAAGACGAAAAAUCCAAAUGGAAUGUGACCUACAAGGUGGUGAAACACGGUGGCACAAAACAGGCAAGACCCGACCCGUUAUGGUGAACCAAAAGCAAAAGGGAUGCAAGAAAAUCUUGGUACUCUAUACCAACUUUGGGAAAAACCGAAAACCCGAAAAGACAAAUUGGGUAAUGCAUCAAUAUCAUCUUGGACAACUCGAGGAGGAGAGAGAAGGUGAGCUCGUUGUAUCGAAGAUAUUUUUCCAAACUCAACCAAGGCAAUGUAAUUGGUCCGAAAGAGCUAUGAAUAACAUUCAUAUUGAAGCUACUGCUACUAUUACUGCUACUCCUACUGUUGAAACUUACAGUAACAUUAGAGACGAGUUUGCGGGUGCGGUUAUGUCAAAUUACAAUCCAAUGGAUCAAAUGCAACAUUUCAAAGGUGUUGAGCAAUUUAGCUUCAUCCCCUAUAGAAAAAGCUUUGGUGAGGUGGGAACGACGACAGGGGAGGGUUCAUUGACGUGCGACGCGCCUAACCUGCAAAGGCAACACCAGCAGCAGCAGAUGAGCCUUGAGAAUCAUCAGCAGCAUUAUCCACAUCAGCACCACGUGGCAGAAACAGCCUACCAUGUCAGCAGGCCAUCUCAUGCCAUGUCAGCAAUCAUCUCUCCUUCUCCCCUACGUCACACCUCCAUUAUUCUUGAUGAUGACUCCUUUCAUGUGUCUAGGAUCAUGGAAAAUUUUCCGCAGCAACAACAUCAUAAGAUAGGAGGAAGAUCAGCAUCAGGAUUGGAGGAACUCAUAAUGGGGUGCACUCCAUCAUCAUCAGCUGAUGUUAAAGAAGAAUAUUCCAUCACAAACCCACAGGAGACAGACUGGUUGAAAUACUCCACCUACUGGCCAGACCCUGAUCACCAUGUCUAGAACCCAACAAUAUAUAUAUAUAUAUAUAUAUAAUCUAGUUAAGA